GGGUGGGCGGCUAGUGUGACAGCGGCGGUGGCAGAGGCUGCGGCGCCGGGCUGAGCAAGCGGCGAGCGCUAAGCGGGUAAGAGGAGGAAGUGGAGCAGCGGCACGGAGAUCCAGAGUCCGCUGCCGGGCUAGGUCCGCCCAGAUUUGCAGAGCGAGCCGUGUUGGGACCUGGGCAGACUUUGCGGUGCUCCGGCCGCUGGCGCCCCGCCUGCCUUGCCCUGCCCUGCCGGUCCGAGCUCGGCGUUCCGCGCCUGGACUUUGCCAGCUCGGUGGUCUGCAGCUGCUUGAUCCAGAGCUCCGAGGCGGGAAGCGCCCGGCCCCAUCAUAUCGAUCCUUCUCCACCCGUGUUCCCUCCGCCCCCGGUCGGCGCAGGGUGGCCCCGCUCCCGGACCUGAGUAUAGAGGAGCUGGGACGCCCACCGGUCUCUGGCUCCGCGAGAACACAGACCUUCAGCUGCCUUGGACCGGACUGCUGGACUUAAAACUAUACUGGCGCCGCCCGGGUCCAACGCACCGUGAGGGGUCCCAAGCAGGCAGGACAGCAGACUGAAUCCCUGGUCUAGUGCUGCGAGCCGAAGCUGCCACCUUCCUCCGCCCUGGGCUAAGGACUUGGGGGUGCCUGCACCAAAGAGAACACAGGGGCUUCUUCUGCCCUACUCUCCAGCAAGCUGAGGUUGCAGCUCUGAUUGAAGUGACAUCACCAUCUUUGUGAACAGGACACCCCUGGAGGACAGCCAAGAGCCACUGAACCUUCUUCCAGUACCAGUCAGGGGCCUCCAUGGGCGCUUGAGGGCUGGGCGCCAGGGCCGCGGGCACGAGCAUGGUGAGACACCAGCCCCUGCAGUACUACGAGCCCCAACUGUGCCUCUCAUGCCUCACUGGCAUCUAUGGUUGCCGCUGGAAGCGCUACCAACGUUCACAUGAUGACACCACACCGUGGGAACGGCUAUGGUUUCUGCUCCUGGUCUGCACCUUCAGCCUCACCCUCACCUGGCUCUACUUCUGGUGGGAGGUUCACAAUGACUACGAUGAAUUCAACUGGUACCUCUACAACCACAUGGGCUACUGGAGCGACUGGUCCAUGCCCAUCCUUGUGACCACAGCUGCUGCCUUCACGUACAUCGCAGGCCUCCUGGUCCUGGCUCUCUGUCACAUCGCUGUGGGGCAGCAGAUGAACCUGUACUGGCUACACAAGAUGGUGCUGGUAGUCAUCCUGGCCUCCACGGUGGUGGCCGUGUCAGCCGUGGCUCAGCUGUGGGAAGGCGAAUGGGAGGUGCUGCUGAUCUCUCUGCAGGGCACAGCGCCGUUCCUGCACAUAGGGGCCCUGAUGGCCAUCACUGCCCUCUCCUGGAUUGUAGCAGGACAGUUCGCCCGUGCGGAGCGGUCCUCCUCUCAGGUCACCGUCCUUUGUACCUUCUUUGCCGUGGUCUUCACCCUCUACCUGAUCCCCCUCACCAUCUCUUCUCCCUGCAUCAUGGAGAAAAAGGACCUGGGUCCCAAGCCGGCCCUCAUCGGCCAUCGGGGCGCUCCCAUGCUGGCUCCAGAACACACACUGAUGUCCUUCCGGAAGGCCCUGGAGCAGAAGCUGUAUGGGCUGCAAGCUGACGUCACCAUCAGCCUGGAUGGUGUGCCCUUUCUCCUGCAUGACACCACCCUGAGGCGGACCACCAACGUGGAGCAGGUGUUUCCAGAGCUGGCCCGGAGGCCUGCUGCCAUGCUCAACUGGACUGUCCUACAGAGGCUCAACGCUGGCCAGUGGUUCCUCAAGACUGACCCCUUCUGGACAGCCAGCUCCCUAUCACCCUCAGACCACAGGGAGAUCCAGAAUCAGUCCAUCUGCAGCCUGGCAGAGCUCCUGGAACUCGCCAAGGGAAAUGCCACACUGCUGCUCAACCUGCGAGACCCGCCCCGUGAUCACCCGUACCGUGGCAGCUUCCUCAACAUCACGCUGGAGGCCGUGUUGCAUUCAGGAUUCCCACAGCACCAGGUCAUGUGGCUGCCUAACAGGCAGAGGCCUCUAGUACGGAAGAUGGCUCCCGGCUUCCAGCAGACAUCCGGGUCUAAAGAAGCCAUCGCCAGUCUACGGAGAGGUCACAUCCAGAAACUGAACCUUCGCUACACUCAGGUGUCCCACCAGGAGCUCAGGGACUAUGCAUCCUGGAACCUGAGUGUGAACCUCUACACCGUCAACGCACCGUGGCUCUUCUCCCUGCUGUGGUGUGCCGGGGUUCCAUCUGUCACUUCUGACAACACCCAUACCCUUUCUCGGGUGCCUUCUCCACUCUGGAUCAUGCCCCCAGACGAGUACUGCCUCAUGUGGGUCACUGCCGACCUGAUCUCCUUCAGCCUCAUCGUUGGCAUCUUUGUUCUCCAGAACUAUCACUUGAUCAGGUGGCGCCUGGGUGGCAUCCGGAGUUAUAACCCAGAGCAGAUCAUGCUGAGCGCUGCCGUACGUCGGACCAGCCGGGAUGUCAGCAUCAUGAAAGAGAAGCUCAUCUUCUCAGAGAUCAGUGAUGGUGUAGAGGUCUCUGAUGAGCUCUCCGUGUGCUCAGACAACAGUUAUGACACCUAUGCCAACAGCACAGCCACUCCCGUGGACCCUCGCGGCGGUGGCAGCCGUGCCAAGACCCUCACAGACCGGGGUGGCCAUUAGCUGAAGAUCUGUCUGCCUGACGUGUACCUAAGGUAGCAUCUAGAAGAGAGGCGCUGACAGUAACUGCGCCUGCGGGGGGAGCUGGUUCCGCAGCCUACUUGAAUGCCCCAAGCUCCUUUGUCAGUUCCAGCCUCUCUUGGGGGAUGACCUCUCCACUGAGGCCCAGGUGGGCCAGGAUUCUAGCCUCUCAGAUGCCCCUGCAGGCCUGGGGCUUUUCAUCCGGGAAGCAUGGUUCUAGUCUCCUGGUCCAUCUCACAGCCGUCCUUGGCCUCCCAGCCUGGAAGGUUUGCCGUGUGCCCCGUGGAAGUGGAGGAUGUGGCUGUGUCCCUGGGACCACUCCUGUCUAUUUAUCUGUCCAUGCUGUGAGAUGAGAGACUCUGUUCUCAUCCUGCCUUUGAGGAUGUGGGCUGGGCCUCACCCCUGCCUGGCAGCUCUACUCUCUACACCCAUCUCAAAGCACAAGGAAGUUCAUCUCAGGAGGAAAACCAGUGGCUAUGGUGGAGACAUGUUCCUCCCAACCAGCUUCGCUCCACCACUGGCCUCUGAGUCCCCGAGAAGUAGCUAGAGAUGUCCAGAAUCACAGGUUCGGGGUUGUUCUGCCUCACACCCAAUUGUCCAACAGGCCCUCUGGGUCAGAAGAAGCCUUGAAGACCACAUGGUCAACAGACUGAUAUGACCUCAGGGUCCCACAGCAGUGUCUGCAGAGCAAUGGGCCACCCGGGCAAAGCGCUGUGAGCUCUGUCAAGCAUGGAUGUCUGGCCAGAAAUGCCUACAGGAGAGGGAACCUAUGGGCCAGGACAAUUAAAGCUGCCGUCUUAAUGUGUGCUGUCUCUGAAUUGUCAGAUUUGGGUUUGGGUGCUGGCCCCUGGGUUUGAG